UUAGCUGGUGGAAUGAUUUGAGAUCAUCAACUUUUUAAAGUCAUUUUUAAGAGCGUUUUUUCUUCACAGCCCAGCCCAAACAUUUCGAGAAAGAAGAUACAAGAGAUAAACAUUGUCUACUGAUUUUAUCAACAAAAUGGACUUAAACCUUCAUUUUGAUACUAAAAAUCUCACUGAAAAGCAAGUAUCCGACCUCACGAAAAGUGCCGUAGAUUUUUCUUUAGCGAACGGUGUUUUAAUGCAGUCUAGAAAAGCUCCUGGGGAUGUAGAACACGCUCCUUUUAUGCUCUUUCCAUCUCCUUUUCCGAAGAAACUCUUCGACCAAGCCAAAGAAGUGCAACAAGAUUUCAAUAUUUUAGUUCAUAAAAUCAGCCAGGAUCACGAAUUUUUGAAAGAAUCUCUACAAGGAACAAUAACAGUGGAUGAAUUUACUGGUCGGAUCUACGAUAUCUACGAACAGACAAGGAAGGAAGGAAUAGCACAGCCAAUAUCUCUUGGUUUGUUGCGGUCGGACUACAUGCUGGAUAGCGAUAAACAAGGUGCCACAAGUGUGAAGGAAUGUGAUGAACAGUUGAAUAUCAAACAAGUGGAAGUCAACACUAUUGCAUCUUCAUUUGGGUGCCUUGGUAGCAAGCUACCAGGACUGGGCAGUUAUGUACUUGGAUUAACUGGGAAAAAUGUUGCUGUAGGAUCUCAACAGAUGCCAGUUAACUCUUCAUUAGCUGGAAUAGCAGAGGGAUUGGCCCAGGCUUGGGAGUUUUAUGGCUCCAAAAGUGCUGUUGUUCUUAUGGUUAUUACAGAUAAUGAAACAAACAAAUUUGAUCAGAAGCUUCUAGAGUAUUACCUCUGUCAAAGGAAACCAAGUAUAAGACUAAUCAGACGUUCCCUCACAACCUUGUAUAAAGUUGCAAGCCUUGAUAACAAAAAACUGAUGGUGGAGGGCUAUGAAGUUGCUGUGGUAUAUUUCCGUGCUGGAUACACCCCUGAAAAUUACCCUUCAGAAGAUGAAUGGUCUGCAAGACUACUGCUAGAAAGAUCUCUUGCCAUCAAAUCUCCAACUGCAGCAUUACAUCUUGUUGGGACCAAAAAAGUCCAACAGGUCUUGGCAGAACCUGGUGUCCUCGAAAGGUUCAUUUCGGAUGAAGCUUCUUUACGCCGAAUUAAAAAAACGUUUACAGGCCUCUACACGCUAGAUGAGGGACCUGAAGGGGAACAGACGGUCAAGAUGGCCUUACAAGACCCUGAGAAGUACGUACUGAAGCCACAAAGAGAAGGAGGAGGGAACAAUUUUUAUGGCGAUGAUAUCAAGACUACUUUGAACAAGAUGAAAAAUGCACAUGAGCGAUCCCAGUACAUCCUCAUGGACAAAAUACGACCUCCAUCCUUCAAGAACUACAUCAUUCGCCCUGAACUCGAAAAACCUGUGUUGACUGACGUCAUCAGUGAAUUGGGGAUAUUUGGCGUACUAAUAAGCCUUGGAGACAAAGUACUGGUCAGCAAAGAAGUAGGACAUUUGAUGCGCACGAAGAGCAUUGAACAUCAAGAUGGUGGCGUUGCCUCUGGCAGGGCCAACCUAGAUAGCCCGUACCUCUUCUAAUUUACCCAGAUAAGAUCAAGUAACCUUUUUCAUGAAUGAGUAAGGCAAGAGUGAUGGAAUGAAGGUUUAAUUAGACCUGUUAAGGUUGGAAGUAAUACUUUCCCAUUUGACCACGUGUCAUUCUCUUUAGAAGAAGAUUCUUAGUUUGAGUUGUAUCUAUAUCCAUGUGACUUCUCAUGCACAACCGUUAAAAAAAGAAAUGUUACUCUAGGGAAUGAGACGUGGUCCGAAAUGGGACAACAUUACUCCCAAGCUAAAAAGGUCUAAUACAACGAUGAAAAUAUUGUAACGCUUUUUUUCUUAAUGAUUGACCUAUUCAAAUUUCAAGCAUUGCUUUUCCAAUAUACAUUUUCUCCACUUCACUUGAGUGGCCACUAAACAAUGAGGGUGGACUUCACAAAAAAUAUAGUAAAAGUAUCUUACGAUUUGUCGCCGCGACGAAAUACGGGUUUUAGUAGCCGUCAAUCAAAGUUUUUUCAAGAUAUCGUCGGAAAGCAUAAAAUUAUAGCCACAUAUUUUCUACAUAAUUUACAUAUUUAGGAUGUUUUCAAAAUUUCACUUCAAAACAAAUUUGCUGUUGCGGAUGACGUGAUCAUUUUCCGCCAUGAUGGAUGACAGAGGAGGGCGUUCUUACCAUCAUUAAGUAGUUUGAGAUACCACACGAGUCUACUUACAGCAUCUUAUACCGGGUUUCCAUGGGUCAGGGAAAAGUCAGGGAAUUUUGUUUAAAGUUAACUAUGAAUAUCCGUGUGAUACUCAUGCUGCUUGCAAUUUUCGAAUAGACUGAUAAAUCUUUUCAAGUAAUGAAAAAUAAUUUUUUGAAGUAUUUGGUAUCAUUUAUGUUGGACUGUUUAAUUACGUUGGGUAUCCUGUGCAAUAUGAUAAGAGCGGGGCCUAGGUAAAAGUUAGGCAUGUGGCCCAUGCUUGCCCAUGCAGCUCAACAAGGCCAGUGAAAACUGUUAUUUAGUCAGGGAAAAGUCAGGGAAUCUUGAUUUUCAAAAUGGCUGGGAUCCCUAAUAUAAAAGUAAAGGUAAGAUUUAGUGCUGACUAGGUUCGCCCUUUCAAACUAAUCUCAUGCAAUCCAGCGGUGUAAUGCUAGGUUAUUGUUCAUGGAUUCUGUCGCAUCAUAUUGGCUAUUUUUAUUUUAUGGGGAGGGUUGUUUCAAUAAAAGCAGUAGUACCGUA